UUCACAUAUAUCUUCUGUGUAUGCUUUUUAUGAAUUGUAUGAAUACUUAGAUCUCUUUUAUUACAAUGUGAUGUUUCCGGGACAUAAACUUGAUCUACUAAUGAUUUUCUUUGCGAAUCAUUUUAUUAUUUCAUUUAAUAUUUAAAGAGAUUCGGGAUUUCUUGCUCAGUUGCCUAUAUUAGUUGUUCAUCAAAACUGGACUUUUCUUUUAAAAAAUCGUUCGCCUAUAAUUCAUUUCCUUUUGAAUAUCUUUUCAUUUAACUUUUGCCAUAAACUAAAUUUUCUUUUGAUUUUACAGUAUAAUCUAUUUAAAGAGAAAUCGGAUUAUUAUUUAUUUAUUUUCGUUUCGAAAAUCAUUUAAUUUUACUUAAUAUUCAGCAGUUAUUCGCAAGUCCUUGCUCGGGCGCCUUUAGUUGAUAUUAUUUAUUAUGACAUAAUUUCAAUAAUCAAUACUUAUGUUUUUCUAACUCUCACUUUUAGUUUGGCAAUCAGUUACGAUUUCCUUGAUUCGGUAUGGAGUACUUGAUUGCCUUGAAGUUGAUCGAGCAUCAUGACAUUGCAGAAAGCUAGGAGACUUCGGAUAUUUGGCGGCUUUUCCGAACUGAUGCGGCAGGCUUUUCCCGAGCAUUUUCCUCAGCCGUUGGCUAUGUGACCCACUGCCAUGGUCACUGCCUUGCACAAAGUUCAAUUUAUUUGACCGCAACAUUGAAACUGGCGCAAUAAUAACAAAUAGCAAACGGAUAAAUGAAAAACCAAAACUUGGCCAAAAACAAUGCCAGCCAAGUGGCGCAGGAAAACUAGUUGCAGGCAAACCAAAAAGGAAAAACCAAAAUAAAAUAAAGAAAAUGGCAAAAGCAAAAACCACACGAACCCGUUUGACGGCCAAAUCAAAUUGGCGCCUGCAUCUGGAUUGGAUGUCGAAGUCGCUGGCGAUUAUGUCAUGGCUGCAUGAUUCCAACUGCGGAAAGUUGUGCGCUUGUGGGCUGGUUUAAAUGUGGCCAAAACAAAUUGGCGGCUCGCUGGUCUGGCUGGCCAAACUGGAGAUAGUCGCGGCUUUAACCAUGAAAUCGCGCCACAAGGCUGCGCAUUAAGACGCUGGCCACGAAGCUAAACGGACGCGUUCGAAGUGAGCAACUGGAAAUGGGAGUCCGUGUAGUACUUUUGGCUGUUAUGGGUCUGGGCGCCAUGUAUAUGAUGCAUCUGUUGGCACAGGACUGGAAUCGCAUACGACCCAUACAGGGUAUCACGAACCUGGCAGGACAGGCCAGCUCGGCCCUGAAUCUGCAAGGGGUGACCAGUUUCAUUGGCCAGUCCAGCUCGGCUCUAAGCUUGCAACGUGGCAAACGUGCCACAUUGAGCCGCGAACUGAGCUGGGUGCAUGGCCGGCAGGAUGCGGGUGCACAGCAUCAAGCCGCGUCCAUUGACUGGAAGCGCAUACUUGCCCGCGAUCCCUUCGAGUGUUUGCAGUCGCUCAUCUGUCAGCUAAUGUCGGGCGCGGAGGCACAUUCGGCAGAGGCCGAGCUGCUGAUGAAUUUUAUGGAAUCAUCACUGGAACUGGCGCCAGCCAAAAUUGGUCGCGCCUUCAGUCGUGGUCUGGCGCUGCGCGGACGCACUGAUCGCUGUUACAAUGAGUAUCCAUUCUGUUUGUACUCCGCCAAGACUAUGCUGCGCAUCCUGCGCUGGUUCAGCGAAACAGGCAACCUGCCAGAGGACGAUCUUCAAUACUAACCCUUGAGCUGUAGCGAGUUUAAGAGUCGUGAAUGCCUUUGAAUAUCAACUACAGGGGUUUUUAGUCUUAUGCUUUAAUAUAUUUUUAUAAAAUCAUAAUUAAGCUCCUAAGAUAGAUAAUAAGCUUUCAGUACUGAAAACUUGAAGAAAUGCGCGUGAUUUAAUUUUUGAUCGCUGAUUUCCAAGCUUUCAAAUCCUUUCAGCCUAUAAACUUUCAGUGAUCUUUUCAUUGCCUUUAUUGGUUUUCAAAGAACAUUCAUUCCACUUCAUUUCGGGAAUAUCCUAGCUCAAUCUUACAAGUCAAUUCAUCAAAAGUUAUUUGCUUCUCGUCUGCAUAAUAAAACCAUUAAAAAAAUAUUGAAA